AUGUAUUCGAAUCUAGAGCUGAAGGAUCGAAAAAUAUCUUCGAAUAAAAUAUUUAUUUUGAUUGCUUUUUCAAUCGCUGUAUUGAUUUAUUUUGGAGUUGGAGCUGGAAAAAAUUAUGUUCUAGAAGAAGAAAAAACUGAAAAUCAAAAUCAAGUUGGAGGAAAUCAAGUUUUAGCUCAAAUUCAAAAUAAAGUUGCAGAAAAUGGCAAAAAAGCAGAAACCGUGAAAAAAUUGGAGAUUCGUCCUGAAGUUUAUGGUUAUAAUGGUCCUAGAAGUGAAUUAGAUGAUUUUGAGAUGGAAGUUGAUUCAGCGGUUAGUUUGAGAUUGGAAUAUUGAAAAAAAUUUUCACUGUUUCAAAAUUUAGUGAUAGAUUUUUACACUUUUCAAAAAAUCAUUGUUUCAUGAAAGUUUUUUGAAUUUAAAAUUCACUGUUUCAAAAAUCUUUUUCAAGUUCUCAACACUUUCUCAAUUGAUAAUACGAACACUUCAAGGUCAAAACAAAAAUUACCAAAAAUUUCAGCGAGUUGCCGAGAUCAGUAAAUCUGUUCAAGAGUUAAUCAACUCAACUCAAAAAUGUGACUUCAAUUCUGAAUCUGAACUCGGUUCGAAAAUCGCGAAAUCAGCUCUGCAGGGAUUUCAGAAAUGUAUCAAACCAGUUUUUGAUUCAUUCAAUGGCGAUUCUAAGAAACUUUUUGAUGAAUGGGUGACUUCUGCUAGAAAAUGUGAUUUUAUUGAUGAAUUUAAGAAUUUGGAUAUUCGUGCAGUUGCAAAUCGGGAUGAGAUUAAGUGGUUGAUUUAUCCAAAAUGUGUGAGUUGGGAAACAAAACAAUACUCCGUGUUCACACCUUGAGAGGUGUAAACGCGGAGUGUCGUAGCUCAAAUCAAUUUCCAGCAAGAAGAAAAUAAUCACGUAACUCUUGGAAUUGGUCAUGACGUCACCGCUGAACUUAAACUCAAAAAACAUCAACCAAAUACAAAAUUCUAUGGAGUUGAUCCAAUGAUUGAUAUUAAUUAUGAAUUAAUUACUGAUCAACUUGGAGGAUCAUUUUUUGCAUUUGCAUUAGCAAAUGAAACCAAGAUUCAAUAUUUUCCAGUGUUGCCUAAGAAGAGUAAGGUUAAGAAAUGUUCUAAUUAGAAGUCCCUAUUUUUAUUACAGAUGUUUAUGGCGAACAGGCUGUUGCAACUUUAGAUGUUGGAUAUUUUUUUGAGAAACUAUUGACAAUCAAAAAAAUCGAUACACUUUUCUUGGAUAUUGAAGGAGGGGAACACUAUUUCUAUCAUUAUUUUGCAAAAGGUGGAAAAUUCGAUGAAAUUGGUUUGAAAAUUUGUCAAUUCAAUAUUGAACUUCAUCCUGGAUACACCAAGAAUUAUGAGGCUGUUUAUAGAUUCUUCGAGCAAACUAUCAAAGAUGGCCGGUAUAUUUUCAUGAGACCCGCUUUGCACACUCCGGGAUUUUUCAAAAUGUAUUUUCUUAAUGUGGAGAAUCAAGAAUGUGUUAGAAAAUUCAUGGGAUGA